AUGGCCAAAAGAAUUGACAGCCUUCAAGUAGCAGCUGUGAACACAAGCCAACCAUCAACUGAAGAAUGUAAGGCGAUACAGUUAAGGAGUGGGAGAACAUUGGGGAGCAACAAUGACACUGCAAAGAAACAAGUGGAGAGCAGCAAAAAGCCAAUAGAUGCAGAGGAAGCCAAUGAUCAAAAUAUGAUGCCAAACAAGAACACAGAGAACCCCAAAGGAGAAGAAGACCAGCCAAUCAAUACACAUAAGGAAGAGGAAGAAGCGAUUCAAGGACAACAGAAAAAGGAGAAGGACCUCAACCCUCCACUGCCAUAUCCACAGAGGUUCAACAAAGAAACCAAAGACCAACACUUCCGCAAAUUCCUGGAAACUUUCAAGAAGUUGGAAAUCAACAUUCCCCUGGCUGAGGCAUUGGAACAGAUGCCCUUAUAUGCCAAGUUCUUGAAGGAACUCAUCAACAAGAAAAGAAGCUGGCUGGAGAAGGAGACUAUACUCCUCACUGAAGAAUGUAGCGCGGUACUUCAAAAAGGGAUUCCACCAAAGCUCAAAGACCCAGGAAGUUUUGUAGUCGCCUGUACCAUAGGCAACAUGACACUAGACAAGGCCCUCUGUGAUCUUGGAGCCAGUAUCAACUUGAUGCCCUUGUCUAUGAUGAGGAAGCUUGCUAUAGAAGAACUCAAACCCACCAGGAUGUCACUAGUCAUGGCUGACAGAUCAAUUAAGACACCCAACGGAAUUGUGGAAAAUCUGUUAGUAAAGAUUGGGGAGUUUAUUUUCCCCGCAGAUUUUCAACUCCCCGAACAAGAAGAAUACUUAAGUGUGGACAUGAUAGAAAACUUGGUGGAAGAAGUGUUGGAAGCCAACCAGCAUGAACAAGAAGAGGAAAGUGGUCAAGAGACAACCAAGGAACAGGCAGCUGAAAUCUCUAUUGACCAAAAGGCAAAAUCAGAUAAGAAAGAAGAAGUACAAAAACAAGAAUUGAAGCCAUUACCCACCCAUCUCAAAUAUGCAUUCCUUGGCACAUCAGAGAGUUUCCCUGUGAUCAUCAAUUCAUCCCUAACAAAAAGGGAAGAAGAAGAACUUAUUGAUGUACUCAAGGCCCACAAGGAUGCACUAGGAUGGACCAUUGAUGAUUUGAAGGGCAUUAGCCCAGCAGUGUGCAUGCAUAAAAUCCACUUGGAGGAUAACUCCAAACCAGUUAUUCAACCCCAGAGAAGGAAGGGCACUGAAAACAAAGUUGCCGAUCAUUUAUCAAGAUUGCCACAAGAAACAAUUCAAGAAGCCUCACAGCCAGUGAAUGAAAACUUCCCAGACGAACAUCUGCUACAGAUUCAACAUGCACCUUGCCGAUGUGUUCCUGAGAGUGAAACAAGAAAUAUACUGUGGCAUUGUCAUGGGUCUGCCUAUGGUGGACAUUUUGGUCCAGAAAGAACAGCUGCAAAGAUAUUACAGAGUGGGUUCUAUUGGCCAACCAUCUUCAAAGAUGCUAGAGAAUUUGUCCAUCAGUGCAAUGAAUGCCAGAGAACAGGAGGCUUGACGAGAAGGAAUGAGAUGCCUCAAAACUUCAUCCUGGAAGUGGAACUAUUUGAUUUAUGGGGAAUUGAUUUCAUGGGACCCUUCCCUCCUUCCUAUUCUUUCAGAUAUAUUUUGGUGGCAGUAGAAUACGUCUCAAAGUGGGUGGAAGCUAUAGCCACAACCACAUGUGAUGCACAGAUUGUUCUUCAAUUCCUUAAGAAGCACAUUUUCACUAGAUAUGGAGUUCCCAAGGGUCUUGUGAGUGACGGUGGUAGUCAUUUUUGCAAAAAACAAAUGGAGAAGCUGCUCCAUAAAUAUGGAGUGAUACAUAAAGUAGCUAUGCCAUAUCACCCUCAGACCAAUGGACAGGCUGAAUUAGCAAAUAGGGAACUGAAGAGUAGCCACGCCAUAUCACCCCUAGACCAAUGGACAGGCUGA